GUGGACUAUUAAUCAGAACGCAUUUGGUUAUCAAAGCACAUCAAACUCGGUGAAAUAAAAACAAUUUUAGAACUCUGCGAAAUCGCGAAAUUAUUCUAACUAACUUGUGAUUUGAAGUUCCGAAAUCUAUCAGUGAAAUCCUUGUGUUUAAAGAACGCUGCUUUCAGAAUAUAAUUACAUUUUGAUCAUGAAUUUUAAAAUAUUAUACGCGCGAGCUUGCCUCACUUUUCUGCUCAUUUGUGCCAGCAAUUACAUUACCGUUGCGGAUGGCAAGGCCACUGUAACUUACUUGGACGGCUAUCUGGAUACGAUAGAGCACGACUAUAUAGUACCCUAUCAACAACCGAUUACCGACUAUCAUCUGAGUCGCUUGCGUCGUGGCUACUACUACGUUGAGGACGGUUAUAUAACAGCCAUACCCGAGUCCCUCCUGUACGCAAAUAGACGUGUGGAUACCGUGUCGUCUAACAGUGAUGGAGUAACGCCGAGUGCUGCUAAAAACAAGCGUACGAAUGGCAAGCGAAAGAAGUUAUUUGUGCCAAAUUUAUUCGGUUGAGGAGGGAAUUAGUGGAAGAUGCUAAGAGAAAGAGAGAGCAUUGCCGUAAAUAUAGCGGAAAGUUUGCAGCUAAAUUAUUUAUUACACCCUAAUGAGAAUCAACGAUGCCAAUGAUGGCUCCUGCUCGUGGCUAUCUUAUUUCCCCGCUGCAUUUUUUCGCUUGGCACUUUGAGAUGAUAGACUGAAGUAUAUUUUAAUAGUUUUUUUAUUAUAAAAUAUUUUUUGAUUGUUAAAAUUUAUAUUUCGUUGUUGGACAAUAUUUAGUUUUAAAAGCAUAUGCACCUGAUUGUAUUAAGUUCACUUAUUUAUAGCAAUAUCAAUA